AUGGAUUGGAAGUCGAUGUUACGGACCGGGGUCCAUAAGCCGGGCGCUCUUACUGCAGGCUUGUCGGUGUUCCUUACGCUUGUGUAUGUGCUGAAUUGGGUGUUCCCAAUCAACGAGAAGAUCCUGUUGGAUCCGGGGGCGCUUAGGAAGCUGCAGCUGACGCGGCUCUCCCUCUAUCCACUGGCGCACCUGUCAAUCUUCCAUUUGCUGUUGAAUCUGAUGUCGCUGUUUGUGCCGCUGUCGAUGUUCGAAGCGUCACACGGGACGGUGUUUACGGGAAUCACGCUCAACCUCCUGGCCAUUGUGACGGGCGUCGUGUACUGCUUAGUUGGCAUGUUGUUGUACCCAAACGUUUACGUAGGCGGGGCGAGCGGGUGGUGCUUUACGCUGUGUGGCUACUUCGCAGUGCAGGAGGCGGGCUUCCGCCCCCACUACGAGCUCGCAAGUCUGAAGAUGCCGACCCUAUAUAUCCCGCUGGUGUUCCUGGUACUUGUCACGCUGCUAAUGCCCGGCUCCAGCUUUGUCGGCCACCUAAUCGGGCUUGGUCUAGGGUACCUAAUUGGCUUCCGGGAGCGCUGGCUCCAGAUGGCGACGCCGCCCGGCUGGCUCAUCGUCAAGAUUGAGACCUGGCUUGACCGGUGGAUAAGUAUGAUCCCGUCCGUGGUCAAGUACCAUCGGGAAAGUUCAGUGGACCGCACAGCAGGCUACACCCCGCUCUACCAGGAGAGCGAGCUGCCGCUGCACAACGACAACUUCCCAGGCCAGGGCAGAGUCCUGGGCCCUUGA